CAUCAGUAGUACCACGUAUAGCCCGCCUGGCACCUCCACUACUAUUCGUCUCACUGUUCAUCACGCCCACGGUCUGCCUCAACACCUGUGACAGACGACCACCUCCGCAUAGCGACUUGCAUGGGCAUCGCCCAUUCGAUUCUUGCGCACCGAGGAAGCGGGGGGCUUGACAGCAAAGGCAGUCAUCUAUGGCCUCGGACCUGAAGCAGGGCCGCCGGCGCGCGGCUUCGACGGCCUCACAGCGCAACGGCCGCUCAUCAUCAUCGGUGGCGGCCAAGGCCAUCAUCGAGCCAAAGUCGAGCCACACCGCCGACGAGUUUCUGCGAGACUUUCUCAAUCCGUCCUUUGACCCGGCCGCAUAUCUCAACGCGACGCUGCCGCCAUUGGCCCAGAAGCCCGUCGCCGCCGCCUCCUCGGCAGGGUCUGACGCGGUGCCCCUGGCCGAGCUGUCGGCGCAGGCGCAGGCGCUGCUCUCUCAGCUCAACGCGCAGACAACGAGGCUGUCCAACACGCUGACGCAGCUGACCGACGACAUCCUGAGGAGUGGCAGCAGGCUGGCGUACGAAGUGGAGCUACUGCGUGGAGAAACACUGACCCUCUCGGAGACGAUGCAUGAGACUCUGCACGAGGACAUCAAAAAGUUUGUCCCCGGUGGCCUGCCGCAACGAGACGGCGCGUCAAAGGUGGCUAGCGGAGGAGAAGAGCAGCACACCACUACGCCGUCUGGGGACGUCGCCACCGUCAGUGGCGACGCUCAGGACCCCGAGUACAUUAAGCAGCUGCAGACGCUGACGCUGGUGCGGUCACGCCUCGAGUCCGUCAUCAAGACUUUUGGCGACGCCAUGGAGUUCUCCUUCCCACCGUCCGAGGUCUCGGUUAGCUCCGGCUUCCUGUCCGUGUCGGCGCCGGAGCCGGGCUCGGAGCAGCAGAGCUCCGAGGAAAAGGGGCAGCAGGUGCUCAGGGGCCUGCGCGACGAAAUCUCCAACCUCCUACACCGCAGCGACGACCCCGUGCAGGGCAUCGAGCGUGCGGCGACGCGCAUCGAGGAGCUCAAGGAGCUGACCACGGUCUGGCGCGGCACCGCCGAGGAGAAGGGGCGCAGUAGGUUCAUCGAGAGCCUCGCCAAGAUGGUCGAGGACCGGCACCGCGAGCUGGUGAGGGACAUGGAGCAGGCGGCGAGGCGCGAGGGCAAGGCAGCCCAGGAGACGGCCGCGGCGAAGCGGGCCGCCGGCGGAGCGGAUGACUCCAAAACGCUGCCGGGCGGGUUUGGCUUGAUCAGCCAGCUACAAAAGCUGAGAAGCGGACUAUAAAAAAAGUCUACCACAUUACCGCAGCUUGCAUGGAGACAUGAACCUGCAUACAAUACGACCACAGAGACAUCCUUGUGUAAGUCAAAGUGCUAUAAAAGGAUGUGUCGGGCCAGGCCUUCAAGGGUCGACAACGAACUGUCCCCCUGCGAAACCAACGAAUCGAUGAUUCAAUCUAUCAACAGGAAUUACCGUG